UGCACUUAUCUUAGUGUCGUGGUUAGAACAGCAUACUAUACAUAUAUAUGCUGUAGUUUUAAGCCUUUUAACGUCUUGACUGUCGUGUGUUCGUUUUUUAUGACUUCAGACUUACGUUUACGUGUACUAUAUUUCACAGCGAUUAAAAACGGAGUGCAAUUUAAUAUAAUAUAAGUAAGUCGUUUUAAUAAAAUAUAUCUUGAAGUGCGCAUCGUGUAAAUAAUAUAAAGAAGGUACUACCUACGCAGUAUUAUUUUCCGUUUCGGCGUAUUUUCGUAUAAUAUAAUAGAAAAUAUAUACAUCAUAAAUCAUGGGUUUUAUAGACAAAUCGGUCUCGUUUUCUAUUGUGCUUUUGAUCAACUGCAUGUCUGUAAGGUCUGAAAACUGUCAACCUCUCAUCGAUUUGAUCACCAACAACAAAUUGUACAUUUUAAACGCAUCGGAAAUAGUAGCGUUUUUCCCAAUCGAUUUCAAAUUCAUAACAACCAACUAUGGUGGCGUCACUUGCUCGAGCGGUAACUGCAGUACGACAAACGAAGUAAAGUACAAGAACGAACGAAUAGAAUCGCUUUCUAAUACAGAUCUGGCAAUAAGUAAUGAAGACUUGUCUCUAGCUAUUUACCACAGUUUGAGUACUGACACGCAGUUGAAUGAUAUUAUAAGCGUUUUCCCCAACAGAUUUGUGAUGAAAUCACGCACUGAAAAAAAUACUUUUUUGGUUUACUCGACAGUGUUUGGUAUUAAUAUCGAUAUCCCAAAUCCUGGAUGUGACAAAUCAAAGUUUCAAUAUAGAUCGAAAAUAGCUAAAAUAAGAGGAAUUGUGUGCAACAUUGUAUUCCAAUCUGGCAUCAGAUAUAGCCUUGGUUGUGGCGAUAUCACAUUAUAUUUAAAUGCUGUAGAUGAGGAUACUAAUCUUGACCAUGACACAAAAUGUGAUCCUUAAAAAAAAAAAACAAAAUAUUUUUCAUAAUAAUUUCACUUUCAAUUAACGAAUAUAUACAACUAUAGUGAUGUCAGAUAAGCAUUAUUUUUUAUUUUUGUGAUCGUUAAUAAAGUAUGUCGAUCAUGAUGUCAAACAAUGCUUUUAAUGUUAAACUUAAGACUAAUUCUAAUUAUUUUUAAACGAAUUAUUUUAAAUUAUUUUUAAAUAACAAAAUUAUUUUUAUAGUACA